GUUUAUGGAAUCAGGAAUCUUGUCUGCUAGACUGCGGUGUCUCUACCCUGGACGCUCUGUUUCCUUUUAUGACUUCCCUACAGCUAUGAGAGGUUUUCGGUCAGCCGAGUCCGAAUACAUACCGCCAGUAGAACGGCAUUGAAUAGUCCCUAGAUCCUUACAGUGAAGGUGAGUCUAUUCAAGGGAUUUCCUAAAGUGCCACAACCCAGCCAUAAAAGUACGGAGGCAUCCCUCCAGUUAUACUCCUAGUAAAUGCAACCCUCUGUUUAUGGUAGAAAACAAACGUCCUUCUCGUGAACCUACAUGACUUGGAGCUUCAUCUCGAUCUCAAUCUAGACAUUAAGUGCCCGGUCUUCAGUCUUCAAUCGAUUGCACCGUCUUGAUCAAGUAAUUCAGAGAUGAAACUAGAGUCUUCUUUCUUGCUAGGCGGAUUAAUGUUGUCAAUAGUAUGUUUCACAAAUCAUUAAUCUUAUUCUUACUUACUGAAACUCCUUCGCUUUUGGCUCUUCUCGGGAAGGGCUGGUCUGCUUGGGUUGCUCAAUUCCAAAGCGUAGCUGAAGCACCUUUUUUUGGGGCUAGGCAUAAAAGCUUUCGCGGAAUAGGAAUAGCGAAUGCAGGCACAAGAGAAAGGGUCAUUUACCUUCUGGGAUGAAUUCUGUCUUGCCGGGACGUUUUCUAACUUUAGGAGCACACAUUGGCUAAUUCCAUCGAGUAGGUCUUUUGUCUAGAUCUUCUCUUUAUCUUUCUCACCCAUACCACCCUAUUUAGAUUUAAGUGCACCGCUUGCUUUCUUUCAGAACCUCGCCUUUGAGAAGCGGGUUGUCUUUCGUCGGACUUAUAUAUACCCGAAAGUUCGGUUAGAGCUAGCAGCUUACCCUAUUGAACUUUUGAGGUUAACCUAACCGGCAACAGAAAGAUGCCCUGCCCCUCUAAUUGAAAGCGGGAAGCCGCGAGCGAUGACUUAUUCUCCUACGUAAAUAGCUUUUGGAAAUCUUACCCUUUUCUUUUAUGUCCAUCCGCAAAAUCAAAUAAUUAAAAAGUGUGAUUUUAAUUAACACCCAACCUUCGACACAGGAUAAAGGUCUCCUCUUUCUUCGCUUCGGGGACGGAGGUCCUACGGUAGGUAACAGCAGGCACAAGCAACUUGAGUUAGGGAGGCCCCUCUGUAAUGUAACUUAAUUAAGAAGGUAGGCGGCUUAUCAACUUGACCUUACCCAUAGAAUUAAGCCCUAGCUCCAAUAUUUAAGUUUGAAUCAGAGAAAAAAGUCUCUUAACGAAAAACAAACGGCUUUUGAUCGGUCCCUGAAAAGCGUGAUGUGGCUUAAAAGCCCCGCUAUUGGCUUUCUCAGCCUUUGUUUCAGCGGAUUCUGAUGCUUCGGCCUCUUCUUUAGAUUUGGAAAUUCUCUUUCUAGCCAACCUCCCUGGAUCUUAGGAUUCGGGGUGAGAAGGUGAUUCUCACUGGGUUUCCGAACCAUUCUAGGAAAGGCAUUCGCUUGCUGAUGCAGCUGAUUCAGCCUCUGCUAAUGCUUUUGUCUCAGCGGAUUCUUCCGAUUAAGCAGAUGGCACUUCUUCCUCACCCUUGGAACCUACCGAGGUCCUAUCCUUCCCUGUAAUGAGACGAAGGAAGCGAAGCGGUCGGGUCUUGCAAAUCCGAGUACGCAAAAAAUGGAAUUCAGCUAUUAAUGAUGCCAUGGAGGAACGGUUUGGGCACUCUCUUUGUAAUUGGAGAAGAAUCGCCCACUUCCUCAUUGUGAGUAUGGAAUUAACGGUUCAAGGCGAUCGGAGCACCUUUUUUCUGCUGGUACUCGACUUAGUCAAAGAAAACUAAGCCUAUAAAUCUGCCGGAGCUGCUACAACUCAUUUAGGUAAACUAUUUUAUUUUGCAAAAGGGCCGCCCCGUCUCGUAUCAAGCUAUGGCAAACCAAGAAAAGGUCGCCGAUUGCUACUAAGAACCUAACAGAACUUUUCAAAGACCACUUUGUAGAGGGCGGUUGCCGCUUUCAAGACUAGAACGAAGGUCGAAUCGUACUCUAUUCCUUCGGCCAUACAAUCAUGGCAUUGUGGAUCUCAUAAGACCUAUGGUGCCAUAAUAAGCAUUUCCAGAUCGGGAUUUCGAUUUCAUCGACGAAUAUAAGAAUAAUCUAAUAUAUUCGAAUAUUCGUGUCCUCCUAAAGAAAUCUCGUUAGGAUUGUCUUGUUAAUUCUGGAUAAUGACAUAGCGUUCCUGACGUACUGGAGUUAUAACAUUUGAAUUUCUCUUACAUUCUACGUUCCCGAAACGGAUUCUAUCAAAUAUUUCACAUUUUCUAUGAUCAUCUCUAUUUUAGGUAUUUGGGGAAUCCUCCUUAAUAGACGAAAUAUUCCUAUUAUGUCAAUGCCAAUUGAAUCAAUGUUAUUAGCUGUGAAUUCGAACUUUUUGGUAUUUUCCGUUUCUUCGGAUGAUAUGAUGGGUCAAUCAUUUGCUUCAUUGGUUUCAACGGUGGCAGCUGCGGAAUCCGCUAUUGGGUUAGCCAUUUUCGUUAUUACUUUCCGAGUCCGAGGGACUAUUGCUGUAGAAUCCAUUAAUAGCAUUCAAGGGUCAGGGCCUUUCUCGCUGGACGAAUUGAGUUCCACGAAUAUGCAGGCUAGAAAGAUGCUAUUUGCUGCUAUUCCAUCUAUUUGUGCAUUAAGUUCGAAGAAGAUCUCAAUCUAUAAUGAAGAAAUUAUAGUAGCUCGUUGUUUUAUAGGCUUUCUCAUAUUCAGUCGGAAGAGUUUAGGUAAUACUUUCAAAGUGACUCUCGACGGGAGAAUCCAGGCUAUUCAGGAAGAAUCGCAGCAAUUCCUCAAUCCUAACGAAGUAGUUCCUCCGGAAUCCAAUGAACAACAACGAUUACUUAGGAUCCGUUUGCGAAUUUGUGGCACCGUAGCAAAAUCAUUACCAAUGGCACGCUGUGCGCCUAAGUGCGAAAAGACAGUGCAAGCUUUGUUAUGCCGAAACCUAAAUGUUAAGUCAGCAACACUUCCAAAUGCCACUUCUUCCCGUCGCAUCCGUCUUCAGGACGAUCUAGUCACAGGUUUUCACUUCUCAGUGAGUGAAAGAUUUGUCCCCGGGUGUACGUUGAAAGCUUCUAUAGUAGAACUCAUUCGAGAGGGCUUGGGGGUCUUAAGAAUGGUUCGGGUGGGGGGUUCUUUUAAGAAUAAAGAAGACGAAUAGAAUCUAAUUCAUGUUCAUGCUAACAGAAGAGCGGAUCCAAUACCAAGACGACUUCUUUCUCAGGAAGUGCAGCAAGUACUUUAGGAAUUUUGGGAUAUCAUGCCCCACGAGUGAGUUGCCAAGUGCCCCCUAGGAGGGCAGUCUACCACAAGAUCGAGUUGGAGCCUGAAGCCAAACCCCCUUAUACUUAGACUGGGGCUGGGUUUAGAAGAUGGCCCCCCCCCCCCCAACUAGCAUCUAUUAGUUAAGGGGAUUGGUUGAGCUCAGGAAUCAAUUUCAGGAACUCAUUGAGGCCUAUUUAUAUUCCAGCCUCCAAGGCAGUUUUUCCCUAUCUUGCUGGGGAAAAGGUUGGGGAGCCCCUGUUUUAUUUAUUCCAGAAGAAGCGGUAGCCUUGUGCAUUGAUUAUCGAGCGCUCAACAAGGUAACCUAACCAUCAAGAACAGGUAUCCACUUUGAUUGCAGACUUCUUCGCCCUAAUCAAUAAGCGCGAGAUACUUCUCGAAGUUGGAUCUACGGUCGGGCUACUACCAAGUGCAUAUCGCGGAAGGAGACAAGCCAAAGACGACCUGUGUGACAAGCAAGCAACCUUACUAAGAAAGGGGCGUUUGAUUUGGUUAUGCCUUUUGGGCUCACCAAUGCCCCCGCCAUGUUAUGCACCCUCCACAAUGAGCUAUUCCACCCGUACUUAGACGACUGGUGGUAUACUUUGAUCGUGGGCUAUAGCUAUUCAUUAAACGACCACGUUAGCCACCUCCGGACCGUUUUUAAAGUAUUAAAGGAAGAAUCACCUCUAUGUAAAGAAAGAGAAAUGCUCCUUUGGACAGACGGAGAUCCUAUUCCUAGGGCAUUGGAUGGGCAUCAGAGCCAUGGAGGAGUGGCAAGCACCUACCAAGGUGAGUGGGCUAAGAUCGUUUUUAGGGCUCGUGAACUAUUCCCGAAGAUUCAUCGUAAGUUACUCGAGGAGGGUUGCUCCACUCAAAAAUCUCCUAAAGAAGGACGUACGGACCGAUCAUGGCACUGCACUGAUCGGAAGAGUGUCAAAGAGCUUUUGAGGACCUAAAGCAGGCAGUGAUGGAUGACCCCGUAUUGCAGUUGCCAGAUUACACUAAGCCAUUUGAAGUACACACGGAUGCGUCAGACUAUGCCAUAGGCGGUGUGCUAGUACAACAAGGUAACCCAGUAGCAUAUGAGAGCCGAAAGCUCAAUGAGACCGAAAGGCGUGGUCCAGGAGAAGGAGAUGCCAGCAAUAUCAUCCCGCAAUCUCCAACAUCAUAGCUAUCUCCCUGAAUUGGUUCGUUCUCAAGUUAUGGCUAUGGCUUCUUUACUUUAUCAUCCAUUUUGUUUGUAGUGAGGACCAGGUUGGCGACCCUAUCCUAUGUUUAUGGCUAUUGUGCAUCUGCUGCAUCACCAAAGGAAAAUAGGCUUGUAUUGGCCUUAACUAGCUCUUUCAUCUUUAACGAAUCGUUGCAGGACUUCACCCAAUACCUCACCACACCUAUUUUACAGGUCGAUUAGAGCAAGCUCGACUUUCUUCACAGCUUUCGAGCCCCUUUAUUAAGUAAGAUAGGGCGCUUGAGCGCUCCUGCGCGAUACGGCUUUCAAAUCUUAUCUUUAGCAACGGCAGGAGUCUAUCGUAGUGCAAUACCUUCAACAGCCCUUAAGGAAGUGUGUUUUACCUAUGGCCGGCCCGCCCCUGACCUGACAUAGAUAUCAAGCAAUCGCGAGUGCGCGUGUGGGUACUAAAGUUCCUUAUUUUCCCUACGGACGAGCGGGAACAAAGAACGACCUUGUGCCGUACACCCCCUGCUAUCAUCCCUUUCCCGCACGCGUUGCUGUAUCCCAGGAGCCUAGAGUUCGGUUUUGUGUGAAGUCACGCUCGGUGAUAUAGAUAAAGAAGGGCGGCUUCAUCCUCAUCAGAUGCAGCGGCCAGUAAAGGAAAGGGCGAUCGAAGUUCAGUGAAGUAGGCAUUACCUUUGACACACACAUGGGUGCCAUAGGAAAGGGAGCAAGUCCUCGUCGUCGGAUUGUUAGUUGGGGUAAUUUCGUGAAAGCCAUCCUUCUUAAUUAGGUGGAAACCAGCUCAAUCUGAUCUCCGGGGACGCUAGAGGAUUGAACUAGCACACAGUACGUGAGCGAGUGCCUGGGAUCUUUGGGUAGGUGUUCAGUGGAUAGAGAGGGGUUAACAGAACAGCAAUAGGAGACUAUUCCCCACCUCUCUGUAUUGCUAGCACAGAAGGCUCUCUCUGUUCUUACUACCUACGGGAUAAAGCCAAGCCAUGGCCUCCAGGGUUGGUUGUCUUACUCGAGGUUCUGCCCGCUCCAUCGAUAUCUUUCUUACUACUUUCCUUGCCUUGGCAAAGUCUACCUGUACGUUACGAUUUCAAGCCUUUCCGAACGCCCGUUA